CAGCUGAUUUGUUGUUUUACAUUGCAAUUGAAAGUUUAUUGUAACUUUGAAUAAAAUGUCUAUAAUAUUGAGACGCAAUUUGCAAGCCAGCACGCUUGUUAAGCAAUUUUUAUACAGAACCAGUAGCAGCACUACCGGCGAGUCAAAAACAAUACCCAAGAAUUUGCUCGAGGAUAAUCAAACAGCUAGUUUACAAAAGGAAAACGGCGCUGUAUUUGAUAAGCGACCAUUUAAACUGCAUCUCGAUAAAGACAAAACCUAUAGCUGGUGCCUCUGUGGCAAGUCCAAGUCCCAGCCGCUGUGUGAUGGCACGCACAAGAAUACGUUCUUGAAAAUUAAGCUCAGGCCCAUACGCUUUAAGGUGGAGAAAAGCGGCGACUAUUGGCUCUGCAACUGCAAACAAACCACACAUCGACCCUUCUGUGAUGGCACCCAUAAGCAGCCAGAGAUUCAAUCAGCUGUGAAAUAAUUUUGCUUAACUUAAGUUAACUGUUUGUUAAGUUGAAAGCAUUUUUCUAUCUGUAUUUAAAAAAUGAAAUACAUGGGCAAUUUUUGGAAUCAAGCAACACUGUUUAAUAUUUU